AUGGCCGCCACGAGAAUUGACCCCAAUAUUGUCACCAUCUGUCAAAUUAUCAGCGAUGCAGCUGCGGAGGAAGAGUUCGUACGAUCGCUUCGGCUUGCUCCGGCUUCAAGCGCUGUCCGCCCACCGCGCCCCAACUCCAGACCAGGUCGAGUGGCGUCGUCAGAGUACUGGGGCACCUGCAAGGACCUGGCGUUCAACCCGGACCAACCAACCUGCGAAGGCGAAGUCGUCACAUUGUAUAGGAAGACUCAGAAUGGACGCCGGGCUGCCUUCCGGUGCAACAGGUGCCGAAAGCAGCUGUCGCAGUUACACGGUACCGCUGCACUGCACGGGCAGAGAGGUGAGGGAAGUUACUUCGCCAACACGGACCGCCUCGGCCGCCCGAACGUCCACGUCUCCAGGCGGCUGGUGUUGCCCCUGGCGUUCGUGGCAGCCUGCUUCUCGCUGCUGCCGCUGUUUGUUACGGGACCCACGACCAGCCUUGUCUACGACGUGUUUUACGACAACGUGCGCAGCCACUGGUGGGCGUUCCUGCUCAACGUCCGGAACUUCUACCCUGUGUUGUCUUACGGGCCCAGCGCGCACACGUGGUACAUCUCGGCAGACUACCAGAUGUUUCUUGCAGCUCUCAUUGUCCACCAACUGGCAUCCCGACGAGCCAUCGUAGCUUCCCUGGCAGUAAUGUCCAUUGCAUGCUGCUCCCACACGGCCUGGCAGGUGUACGGCACCGGGUACACGCCAGUCAUUGUUCAUUUGACUGAAACGAUGACAACAUACAUCAACAUGCUGACCGACGUAUACAUGCUUCCAUUCUACCACGCUGCCUGCUACUUCGGCGGCUGCAUCACGUUUUAUGCAGUGCACAAGUACAAGGACAGGAAGCUCUCUAAGGGCGUCGUAGCGGUGCUGUGGGCAGUGGCCUUCGGCUUCGGCACGGCUUGCGUCGCGUACCGCUUCGAGUGGACCCGCGGCACGAAGCACGGCGACUUGGCGAAGGUGUCGCUGGCUUUCUGCGACCGCACCAUUUGGGCCACGGCGCUGGCAGCGCUCACCUUCCUCUGUGUGACCGGAAGAGGCGGCCUUGUGGAGAGGAUGCUGUCGGCAGCUCCACUGGCGGUGCUUAGCCGGCUGUCCUUCGGCGUGUACCUCAUCCACUUCCUCUUCUACUUUGUCUCCAACAACGCGGCGAGGGAGAGGCGGUACGCGGGUGUUUACGCGUUGUUCUCGGAAAGCGCGUCGGUGUUCGUGUGGAGCUGCAUACUUGCGCUGGCACUGUUCCUGGCGUGCGAGGCUCCCGUGGGUCGUCUGGACAAGAUCAUCUGGGGCCAGCCACCGCAGAAGAAAGAAGAAAAGCCCACCAACGGUAUACAAGAUCCCACGCACACGCAGUCAAAGGAGGCUCCUUAACGGUCGGAUUCUACCAAAUAAAGAAAGGAAAGCAAAGGAAAAUGUAGCGGCAGUAAUCGCUACAUUUUGUCAUUUUAGAUAUAAUGUUGUUUGUUCUUUUAGUAACUGUACAUA